ACACCCUGGCUUCCUGGUUGUUUGCGAUUGGAGAAGUCCAGGUUGUUUUUAAACGGUGGGAAAGUUUGGCUCUGACGGGGUCACCAUGUCUCUGAGAAGCAGCCGCAGCCUGGCGCUGCUCGUUGCUUUCUGCCUCUGUCUGACCGCACAGUGCAGGUUUCCCUCUCUGGACCGCGUCAGACCCACAGCCAGCGACAAGGCGCAGGGGCGAGCGGUGGUGGAGCUGCUGAAGCGGCUGCUCGGGAACAGAUCCACGGAGUUCAUCGUGUCCGUCAACAGGAGCCUGUCCAACGACAGCCUGGACGUGUGCGAGCUCAGGUCCACGAAGAACAACAAGGUGGUCGCCACGGGCAGCAGCGGAGUGGCCGUGGCCUCUGGCAUCUACAACUACCUCAAGUACUUCUGCAGCUGCCAUGUUUCCUGGUCCGGUGACCAGCUGGACCUGCCCCGUCCUCUGCCCAGGCUCAGCGGCGUCCAGCGCAUCAGCACCCCGCACAGAUUCCGGUAUUACCAGAAUGUCUGCACUUCUAGCUAUUCCUCUGUGUGGUGGGACUGGCCAAGAUGGGAACGAGAGAUUGACUGGAUGGCACUCAAUGGCAUCAAUCUGCCACUGGCGUUCACUGGUCAAGAAGCCCUGUGGCAAGAGGUUUACCGUUCUCUUGGACUUAACCAGUCGGAGAUUGAGGAAUUCUUCUCCGGCCCGGCGUUUCUUGCCUGGAACCGAAUGGGAAACAUGUUCAAGUUUGGCGGGCCUCUGCCACAGUCCUGGCAUGUGAACCAGCUCUACCUCCAAUUUCGAAUCUUGGAGCGAAUGAGAUCAUUUGGCAUGAUUCCUGUGCUGCCGGCCUUCUCUGGGAACAUCCCCAAGGGAAUCCUCAGGUUGUAUCCAGAAGCAAACGUAACCAGACUGGGGCCUUGGUCUCAUUUCAACUGCAGCUUCUCAUGCUCUUAUAUCUUAGACCCCCGGGACCCGCUUUUCCUCCGGAUUGGGUCCCUCUUUCUGUCCCAGGUGGUGAAGCAGUUUGGGACGGAUCACGUUUACAACACCGACACCUUCAAUGAGAUGACUCCUCCGUCCUCUGACCCCGCCUACCUGUCUGCUGUCAGUCGCUCUGUCUUUGCCUCAAUGACUGCAGUUGAUCCUCGAGCAAUUUGGCUGAUGCAGGGCUGGCUCUUCUUCAGUGAUGCAGCAUUCUGGAAGCCAGCCCAGAUUCGGGCCCUACUACACGGAGUGCCCCUUGGACGAAUGAUCGUGCUCGACCUGUUUGCCGAAACGGAACCAAUUUUCUCCUACACUGAUUCAUUCUAUGGACAGCCAUUUAUCUGGUGCAUGCUGCAUAAUUUUGGUGGUAACAAUGGUUUCUUUGGUACAGUGGAAAGCAUCAACUCAGGGCCUUUUAAAGCCUUGCAUUUCCCAAACUCCACUCUUGUGGGCUUGGGAAUGGCACCUGAGGGCAUAGAGCAAAAUCCUGUCAUGUAUGAGUUGAUGAGCGAGCUGGCUUGGCGCAAGGAGCCUGUCAACUUGUCCAAGUGGGUGUCACUGUAUGCAAUACGCCGUUACGGCAGCACAGAUGAAAACCUAACAGCUGCAUGGGUGCACCUGUUCGCCAGUGUCUAUAACUGCACUGUGCCACAUUACCGAAACCAUAACCACAGCCCACUGGUGCGCAGGCCUUCCUUCCACAUGAAUUCUGGCCUUUGGUAUGACCGGGCUGACUUGUAUAAAGCCUGGAAACUGAUUUUAGAGGUGGCUCCUUCUCUCAUGUCCAAGGAGACCUUCCGGUACGACCUUGUGGAUGUGACUCGGCAGGUCCUACAAGACCUGACAACAACCUAUUAUCAAGAUAUCAUAGAUGCCUUCCACAACCAAAAGCUGCCAGAGCUGCUGACUGCAGGUGGCGUGCUGGUCUAUGACCUCCUCCCUGAGCUCAGUCGUUUGCUGAAUAGUGAUCGCAAUUUCCUGUUAGGGAAGUGGUUGGAGAGUGCACGAUCCUUAGCCCUGAAUGAGAGGGAGGCACAGCUCUAUGACAUGAAUGCCAGAAACCAGCUCACGUUGUGGGGUCCCAGCGGUGAGAUCCUGGACUAUGCCAAUAAAGAGUGGGGAGGGCUCAUUGAAGACUACUACGCCCAGCGGUGGGGACUGUUUGUCCAUAUGCUAGUAGAGUGCCUGGACAGUGGACGACCAUUCAAGCAGGACACCUUCAACCAGGCAGUUUUUCAGGUAGAAAAGGGAUUCAUUUACAAUCGCAGGAGGUACCCGACCAAGCCUCAGGGAGACACAUACAAGAUCGCCCAAAGGAUCUUCCUCAAGUACUACCCACAGGCCUUAAAGAGGCUAUAGUGAGCAGAGACUACACUGAAAAACACUGGCCUCAUGUCACAGCAAGAAGAAUGUUUUCCUCCACCUCCACUUUUACAUGGCUGUCCCAAAACCUUUUGAUUUGAAAAUCAGCCUAAAUUUACAGGAACACUGUGUUUUGCAUAUGUACUAUAAGUAUUGUAGAAAACAGAAACGUUUUCUCCACUAAUUAAAUAUCCAUCCAUGCCUUAUAACAGAGGAGAGUAGAGAUGAAAAGUAAGUUGUGGUAAUGAGUUACUGAGUUUCAGACAAGUGUGUAUUCAUGUGCACAUUGAUGCUUUUUGAUUCACCUAAACUUAAAGAAAUAUUCAGUAUUUUUUGUAUUAAUAAUGAGUGUGAGAGAUCUUUGGUUGCUCAGACUAGAUGAGGGCUAUGUACAUUUGUAGGACAUUCAGCUACCACACAGCCGACACAUGAGAGACACUCACACGUCCACAGGCGAAUGUUACCGUUAAGCUGCAUGUCUUUGGAUUGUGCCCUGCACCACAGUGACACUUGAUUCAGAUUAUCAAUGAGCUGUAGAUGUGUGGUUCCACUUUGGAAAUUUUUUUCCCCCCUCUGCCUGCACUCUUUAUUGUCCCAACAUUAGCUAGAUGGAUAUGAAUCUGAUAUCAUUGUCUGAUCUCGCUCUCAGAAAGAGAGCAGAUAAGCGCGUCUCCUUAAAUGUUGAACUAUUCCUUUAAAUCACACAUCCUGCACUGCGACUGCAGGUAGCAGAUGGGUAAAUAAAGAAGCAAGUAAUCUGAAUAUUGUGGUUUUUUCUGAGCUAAGUGACAGGGUUGUUAGCUGCAUUGUCAUGAACAAAUAGGGAAGUAGCAGUGACCAAACAAUUUGGAUGUUUUUGAUCUUGCUCACAUGUACAGUAAGUCUGGGACAGAGUCUGUGCCAAGGUUUUGUUCAAUGCUAACAAAUGGCUCAUGUAGCACCUUAGCAGGUAACUUACUAUUUAGUUGUCCCCAGAUGACUUCUCCCUUUAAAAAUAUAUUUUUGUAUGAGAAUCUAUCGGUGUUAAACUGAGGGACAUCACAUGUACAUAAACACCAUCUGCAGAAUGUUGUUGUUUUUAUGAGUCACAUUGUUUUUAUCUUGGAACGCUCAAAUGUAGAUGAUCGUUUUUGCAUUUAGUUGUACUUCAGGAUCAUUUUAAUGUCACGGGAGAAUAGCAAUGUCACCACAUGAGCACGGCUGAAAUUCAUAAUAUGCCAACAAACGAUCCAUUAGUUUGUGUGUUGAAUAUAUUGUAUUUUUGUAUUUUUAUUAAUGAAAUUGUUGUGAUCCUUCAACUCAGGCAUGUCAUUAAAGUCUUAAAGGCUCAGUGACUAAUACAUUGUUUUCAUUCUCGAUCUCUUUGCUGUAUGUGUGAUCGGUGCUGACGUCAUCAUUCAUUUGACCAGCAUACAGAUUCAUCUCUCGACUUAAUCCUGUGCAGGAGUAACCCCACCCGCUUUGGGUGAGAGACACCAGACAGUAACAUGACAGUAACCAUUCAUGCUCCUCAUUUCAGAGUGUCUAAUUUACUGUAUGUGUUUGGACUGUGGGGGGGAAACCCAUGCAGCACAGACAGACUGCACAUUUGUACUGGUAAAUGAAUUAAACUACUACACAAAAAUGAAUAGAGCAUAGAAUAAGUACAUGUAGUGAUACCAAACUGUUAAAAGGGUCAUUACAAGUAUUAAUAAAACAUGUAUUCAAAGUGUAUAAAGUGUACAAAGUAUCAGCCACAGUGUUAAUGACUCCAACAUCUGAAACCUGAUGAGGAGCCACA